UUUUAGUUUAUCAUCUAUCUGAGACAGUUUAUCUCUCCACCUUUGCUUCAAUUCAUCAUCCUCUAACAAUGGCGAUUUUGUCUCCAACACUGUCCUCACUCCUUCUAAACACCAACACAAAUUUUGGGUCACAACCAUCUCCUCUUCUAACAUUCUCUUUCACACCGACCAACCGUUCCUCCUCUCUCCUCAUCUUCUCUUACACUAAAUCUGAAAAUGGGUUGGCGAGUGAAGAGAAAAAAAUCUUGCUUGAACGGUAUGGCUACGAUGUUGAUGCUGAUGAGUACUUUUCUCAGCCAUCUCCUAAGUCAAAGCGGAAAAAAGAGCAUCUAAAGACAAGAGGAGGGAAGAAAGUGCAGGACCCAAUAGAGGACCCUAAGCCUCCUCGUACUACCCAUAAAUUGCUUCAGGUUCUUGGAGGAACAGCUCGAAGAACAAAGCUACUCUCACCAAAGGGCAUGGAUGUACGCCCCAUGAUGGAAGUGGUGAAAGGUGCAGCCUUCGAUAUAUUACAGGCGGCUGGUGGCUGUCCUGCAUCCUUGAGACCUGGUCGCUGGUUAGACUUGUAUAGCGGUACAGGUUCUGUGGGAAUUGAAGCACUUAGCCGAGGAUGUUCCGAGGUGCAUUUUGUUGAGAUGGAUCCUUGGGUUGUAUCCGAUGUUUUACGUCCAAACUUGGAGGAAACUGGAUUCCUUGAUGUUUCAGUCAUACAUACUGUCCGUGUGGAAAAAUUCUUUGAACGUGCGGAGCAAUUUGUAGGAAACAGUGGUCCAUUUGAUUACAUUAGUGUCACCCCUCCAUAUACACAAGUUAACUAUGAGGUGCUGAUGAGGCAAAUAUCGGAAUCAUCAUUGGUUGGAAAGGACACUUUCAUUGUAGUUGAGUAUCCUUUAAAAACCGAUAUGCUGGAUUCUUGUGGAAGCCUUGUGAAGAUAACUGAUAGGCGGUUCGGCCGGACGCUCCUGGCCAUUUAUGGACCAACAUGGGCCCAAAAGAAGAGAAGAUCACACAUUCCAAUACCACAGUUGCAGUAAAAGGCUGAAAAACAUGCUGGUGCAAUGUUUAAUCUGUUAAAGGGUCCUCAACAUGAUUUAGUUUUUGGCACCUAUCUCACUUCUUCUAAAGCUGUUAGGCACAGUCUAAUGUUGGUCCCUGCAACAGGUCAUGUGUGGUGUAUUAUAAAAUCUUGAAUUCUUCUCAUGAUGUGGGAUCCCCUCAGCUGAAAAUUGAUACAUUCAUUGUUGACAGGGAUGGACCUACUCAUAUGCUUUUUGCCCCACAAAAGAUUUUAUUUUUUUAUAUUAUAUUUAGUAUGUGUAUAUAUAUAUAUGUAUUUGUAUUGCCCUCACAGAUUUAUAUAUACGUGUUCCCCUCGGAAUU